UUGUGUGCAGCGCCCUCUCCGACUACGACUACAAAGGCCGUGAUUAUGUCAAAGAAAAAGCGGAUCGUCUCGUUUUCGGGUUGUGGGGAAUCAAAGACCUCCCAAAAAUGCUCGAGGUCGUUGACAAUGCACUAACGGCUGGAUACAGGACUUUUGAUACCGCCCAGGCUUACGACAAUGAAGAAAUCACGGAGCCGUCACUUAUUGAAUCUAUGAAGCUCCUCCAAGUCGACUAUCUCGACCUCGUGCUCAUCCACUGGCCCGGAGUGUUCCCUGUCAACCAGCCG